GCGGUCUUCACGACGCCGGAUUCUGGAAGCUUCUCAAGCUGUAUAUAAACUCGCCGGCUUCUUUUUCCUUUCUCAGUCACCAUCAGCAACUCGGAGGCGGCGAACAGUUCAAGUAAUCCUCAUCCUAACGCCCUUCACGCAGAACAGAAACCAUGUCUAAGGGACCAGCAGUUGGAAUUGAUCUUGGAACCACAUACUCCUGUGUGGGUGUCUUUCAACAUGGAAAGGUUGAAAUCAUUGCCAAUGACCAAGGCAACAGGACAACACCAAGCUAUGUGGCCUUCACAGAUACUGAAAGGCUGAUUGGAGAUGCAGCCAAGAAUCAAGUUGCCAUGAACCCAACAAACACAGUUUUUGAUGCCAAACGUCUCAUUGGUCGCAGAUUUGAAGAUACUGUUGUACAGUCUGAUAUGAAGCACUGGCCAUUCAACGUUAUUAGUGAUGGUGGAAGGCCCAAGGUCGAAGUAGAUUACAAAGGAGAGUGCAAAUCUUUCUACCCAGAGGAAAUCUCUUCAAUGGUAUUGACAAAAAUGAAGGAGAUUGCUGAAGCUUAUCUUGGCAAGACAGUGUCAAAUGCAGUUAUUACUGUACCAGCCUACUUCAAUGACUCCCAGCGUCAAGCUACAAAGGAUGCUGGCACAAUUUCUGGCCUCAAUGUAUUGAGAAUCAUUAAUGAGCCAACUGCUGCAGCUAUUGCUUAUGGCUUGGACAAGAAGGUUGGAGCAGAAAGAAAUGUGCUGAUCUUUGAUCUUGGUGGUGGCACUUUUGAUGUUUCCAUACUUACUAUUGAGGAUGGUAUCUUUGAAGUAAAAUCUACAGCUGGUGACACCCACUUGGGUGGCGAAGACUUUGAUAACCGCAUGGUAAAUCACUUUGUUGCCGAAUUCAAGAGAAAGCACAAGAAAGAUAUCAUUGACAAUAAGAGAGCUGUUCGCCGUCUCCGCACUGCCUGUGAGCGUGCAAAGCGCACCCUGUCCUCCAGCACUCAGGCCAGCAUUGAAAUAGAUUCUUUGUAUGAAGGAAUUGAUUUUUAUACCUCAAUCACCAGAGCUCGAUUUGAAGAACUCAAUGCUGAUCUUUUCAGAGGCACUUUAGAUCCUGUUGAAAAAUCACUUCGUGAUGCUAAACUUGACAAGUCUCAGAUUCAUGAUAUUGUGUUGGUUGGUGGGUCCACUCGUAUACCUAAAAUUCAGAAGCUUCUCCAGGAUUUCUUCAAUGGAAAGGAGCUAAACAAGAGCAUUAACCCUGAUGAGGCUGUGGCUUAUGGUGCAGCUGUCCAGGCUGCCAUCUUGUCUGGUGACAAGUCAGAGAAUGUGCAAGAUCUCCUUCUACUUGACGUCACCCCUCUAUCGCUGGGUAUUGAGACUGCUGGUGGUGUGAUGACCACAUUAAUCAAACGUAAUACAACCAUUCCCACAAAACAGACACAGACCUUCACAACUUACUCAGAUAAUCAGCCUGGUGUCUUGAUUCAGGUAUAUGAGGGAGAGCGUGCCAUGACAAAGGAUAACAAUCUUUUGGGAAAAUUUGAGUUGACAGGCAUUCCUCCAGCUCCACGUGGUGUUCCUCAAAUUGAGGUGACAUUUGACAUUGAUGCCAAUGGUAUCCUGAAUGUGUCUGCUGUAGAUAAGAGCACUGGAAAGGAAAACAAGAUCACAAUCACAAAUGACAAAGGUCGUCUCAGCAAGGAAGACAUUGAGCGUAUGGUUCAAGAGGCUGAAAAGUACAAAGCAGAAGAUGAGAAACAGAGGGACAAAGUUUCAUCCAAGAAUUCAUUGGAGUCCUACGCAUUCAACAUGAAAGCAACCGUUGAAGAUGAAAAACUACAAGGGAAAAUUAGUGAUGAAGACAAACAAAAAAUACUGGAUAAAUGCAAUGAGGUCAUCAGCUGGCUGGAUAAGAACCAGACUGCUGAGAAGGAUGAAUUUGAGCAUCAACAGAAGGAGCUGGAGAAGGUGUGCAACCCAAUAAUCACCAAGCUGUAUCAGGGUGCAGGUGGCAUGCCAGGAGGAAUGCCAGGUGGCUUCCCAGGUGCUGGUGGUGCUCCAUCAGGUGGUGCAUCAUCUGGCCCCACCAUUGAAGAAGUUGACUAAAGUUGGAUGCAUUCUUUAUGGGUCCAUCUAAUUAAACCUAGGAUGCAAGUUUCUAUCAAUGGCUGUUCAAAAGUUUUUCCAUGUAAUUUAUUGUUUAAACUUUUUAAGGGCAUUGUUAAUACUUGAAUUCACUCCAUAAUGUUGGUUAAAAGAACACCGUUGCACUUUAUCUGUUCUGAAACAAAUUUGGGUCCAAAAGAAUAAAUUUAUUUAAUUGGCUGA